GAUACAUCUCCUAAUUAGGUGCCGGAAGAUACGUCUCUUCUCUUCCUCUAUCUCUUCUCUCUCUCGAUCUCUAUGGCUUUCUCCCUCGGAUCCUUCGGCCGCCGGAAACCUUCAUCAAUCUGCUGCUCGUGGCAACGAGGACGCCGCUCCUACGCCAUCGGUGGUGAUGGACUCCGACUUCGACGCCAAGACGUUCCGCAAGAACUUGACGAGAAGCCAUAACGACAAUCGCAAAGGGUUUGGUCACAAAGAGGAGACUCUCAAGCUCAUGAAUCGCGAGCACACCAGUGAUAUACUGGAGACGCUGAAAACAAAUGGAUUCAAAGGAGAACAAAAACACGCCAUGGCUAUCAGUACCACAGUUUGGAGAUUGGGAUCAGAAAGGAGGAAACAGAACAUGAGGGAUCCUUCUCGAGCCAGUCUUGGCAACGAAGAAGAAGACACCAUUAACCCUUUUCAUAACCAACCACCCACUUCUCUUGAUAAUACUAAGCCUUCUCUUGGUAAUACUAAGCCUAAACUCACGGCUGUUCACAGCGAUAACAACAAUGCCCACUAUGAGUUCGCUCACCAACAGCCACAUUCUCCAGGCUCCAGCUGUUGACCAGCGGUUGGUGACAUACGUUCAAGAUGUUUAAGGCUGUCUGAUGAAAGUACUUCCGAGGCACUUGGCAUGUGAAUGGGCAAAAGACGGCAUAAGAGCCAAUGCUGUUGCACCUAAUGUUGUCAAGACUCGACAGUCUCAAUCUUAUCUUGAGGACGUCAGUUUCAAGGAAGAAUUGUUCUGUAGAACUCCACUUGGUCGUGCUGGAGAGCCAAAUGAAGUUGCAUCGCUAGAGGUCUUCUUGUGUCUACCUGCAGCUUCCUACAUCACUGGUCAAACCAUUUGUGUUGAUGGAGGCCUCACAGUUAACGGUUUCUCCUAUCAGUCAUGGUCAAACCAUUUGUGUUGAUGGAGCCCUCGUUUUGAUGUUGGUGUCAAGGAGAUUGAAUGCUGGACUGCUCAUUUGCUUCCUUCGAGACAGGUUCGGUCUUCUUAUACAUUUUUCUUUGGGUACCAUGUGAUGUAAUCACUCUAUGCCAAUUUAACUAUAAAAACUAGCUUGUUAACUAGAGAAUCACUUUCUAUAACCUGUCUUAAGAUUUGAAAACGUGAAAAUAUACCAAAGCUUAUUCUCA